AUGAUACAGUGUGUAUUGACGUCUGAGAGCGCUUUAGCUUCCCAUCGUUUGGAGAGCAUCUUACGAGAAGUUUUUGGCUUUGAUUCAUUUCGAGUCGGUCAAGCUGAGGCUGCUAGAGAAAUCUUGGCUGGUAGGGAUGUCUUUGUUCGCAUGAAGACGUCAGGAGGAAAAUCCCUGUGUUAUCUUCUUCUUGCUCUUAUUUUUCCUGGUAUUAGAGUGACUAGAGUUACUCGUUUGAAGGAUGAGCAACUAGUUUCAGACAUACUUGCUAAAAUUUACAUGUCGCCUGAGGCCAUUACUGCACCAUUCUGGAGAGCAGCAUUGGCUGGAACUUUGCAGAAAUCUAUUUCUUUCUUUGCUGUUGACGAGGCUCAUCUGGUAGAGGAAUGGGGGUCCACUUUCAGAUCAUCGUUUAAGGAAUUGUCUUACCUUCGUUGUGUCUUGUCUGUUCCUAUUAUGGCACUAUCUGCAACAGCUCCAUUGUCUGUUAUCUCAGCCGUCACUUCUUGUUUGUGCAUGAGUGAAUGUCUUGUGAUAUCUGGAUCAUUGAAUUGUGCCUUGUGA